ACGCCUUAAUAAAUGCUCUACACAAAUAUGCAAGGGGGUUGCAAGGAGCCACGCGAUUCUUGGAACAUUCCUAAGUAAGGCCGACCAUUGAUUCUAGUCCACUCCUAACCGUUUGGAUUGAAUCAGUGAGUUCAGUAGCCUAGCAAGCCCUGUUCUGUACGGCUGCUACUGAUAGGCUUUUGAACUGGAUUGUGGUCUGAAAGCACGCGCAACUACUGAUAAUUACUUUCAGUUGGGAGUGUGCAGCUUUGGACUAGAAACAUGGUGACUUCGAGACCACCGAUUCUGGUUGUCGUAGCUUUAUUAUGCGCUAUAUGCAUCUUAGUUCACGCGGCACCUUCGGGGGACGACCUCGAGCUGUUAAAGCUUAAAUUAGACAAAUCGAUAGAGCGAUCAAGUAGGCAAAGGAGGCAAGCACCUUCAAGAAACACAUGCUACUGUAAACCAGGCUGCAACUGCGACUGUCCGGCUGGUAUAUUUUGUAAUGCGACCCUUCCCGGUGUUGGUUCGAAUGGGCGACCAGGCCUCCGAGGAAGACCAGGUUUACGUGGACAAGCUGGUGAGAGAGGCGUUCAAGGGCCUGGUGGAGACAUUGGGCGUGCGGGUAACCGUGGUAACGCAGGUGCUCCUGGUACCAUUGGUGUGCCUGGAAAAGAUGGACCCCCUGGUAUAACACUCAUUGGUGCCCCACCAGGUACAGUGUUGACCCAGGAAGAACUGGAACAGAUCCUUCAGAUCUGGAAUUCCAUGCAACGACAAAUCAGAUCAGGCCUCCGUCAUGUCGGCCGUGUAGGUCCCUCGGGAAGGCGAGGUGCCCCAGGCACUCCUGGAGAGCCGGGUUUAGAUGGUGAGCACGGAGAACAAGGCUUGAAAGGAAACAGAGGCGAAACGGGUCCUCCAGGCCCCCCAGGUCCACCAGGAGAUCCAGGUCGACCAGGCAAAGAUGGCAGCGAAGGAUUACCUGGUCGUCCAGGUCUUCCUGGUAAAAACGGCGAAAAGGGUGAUCGCGGAGUGCAAGGACGAUUUGGCAUGCCAGGAACAAAAGGCCCAAGGGGCAGGCCUGGUAGGCAAGGUCAGAAGGGCAGACGAGGCAUCACUGGAGAAAAGGGAGGUCAAGGAGCUGUUGGAAAAUCAGGAAAACCUGGAGAACAGGGCGUACAAGGACCACGUGGUCUCCCCGGACCCGCGGGAUCACCAGGAAUCAAGGGCUCAACGGGAUUGCGCGGUGUUCAAGGGCCCCCUGGACCCAAGGGAAGCGUUGGAGUUCCUGGUCCUCAAGGCAUCCCUGGUUCUCUUGGUGCUCGUGGCGAAGCUGGUGCUGAUGGUUCUCCUGGACCCUCUGGACCAACUGGAGACGUUGGCAACCCAGGCCCUCCCGGUCCAAGCGGAGAUCGUGGCGCCCCUGGUGCUGCAGGAGCUGAUGGCGUUGCAGGAGAGAAGGGUAGUCCGGGAUCACAAGGACCAAUGGGAGGCAUCGGAAUCAGCGGAGGCUUAGGACCAAAGGGUAAUGAGGGAAGAGGAGGACGAAACGGACGAAAGGGAGACAAGGGUCCCAGUGGAAUCAAAGGCACGAAAGGGAAUCGUGGACCCAAAGGAGACAAGGCCCCUGAUGGCGCUAGUGGUGAAGUUGGUGUACCAGGCGUGGCCGGUGCUCCUGGUGAGGAAGGAAGACUUGGACCAGUUGGACCUGUUGGUGCUACCGGACCCAAGGGCGUUCAAGGCUCUCCUGGAUAUCCUGGUGCUAAUGGAGGCAAAGGAGAUAAGGGUAACCGUGGUGGUCGAGGAAGACGAGGUUCGAGAGGAGCCCGUGGAGAUCCUGGUCCAACUGGUAUUGAUGGUCAGGGAGGUGUUGCUGGGCCACGGGGAGUUCGUGGAGCGAAGGGAAAACCAGGCUCUCCCGGACGACCAGGACCACCGGGUUACCCUGGCAACCCUGGUCAACCUGGCACUAUCGGAGGAGCGGGUCCGGAUGGAUUUAAAGGGCCACCAGGAGCAGCCGGUACACAAGGACCAAGGGGAGCUCCAGGAUCUCAAGGCGCACCUGGCCCUGAUGGUGUUGCCGGACAAACGGGCGAAGCUGGAGUUACUGGACCUGAAGGCCUACCAGGACCACAAGGUCCUCAGGGACCCAAAGGAAAUGCCGGAGCAGCAGGAGAUAAAGGUGUCAUUGGAAAGCAAGGCGGUAAAGGAGAACCUGGAGAGAAAGGAGAUCGCGGUCCUGAUGGUAGCCAGGGACCGCUUGGAACGCCUGGCAGGAAUGGUGAGAAUGGAGUAGACGGAGCACCGGGCGAGGACGGUACRAGAGGCAAUCCAGGAGCGGCGGGUCCUCAAGGCCUCCGCGGGAUUCCUGGAGCUGCUGGCAAAAGCGGUGAAAUGGGUCCAGAAGGACCAGCCGGACCCCGAGGAAAAAGCGGUCCUGGUGGUCCCCAGGGCCCUGAAGGAGCCGUUGGACCACCUGGAGCAAAUGGUGCCAAGGGAGACAUGGGUCCUGAUGGAGAACAAGGACCUAAUGGCAAUCCAGGUGCUACUGGGCCUGAUGGUAAUAAUGGUAAUGCUGGUCCUGUAGGAGCUCAAGGGCCCAAGGGCGAAAGCGGUGAGCCUGGUCUAGCUGGAGUUGCUGGACGUGAUGGACCAAGAGGACAGAGAGGCAGUGCCGGCCAACCUGGUCAACCUGGUCCCCCCGGACCCAUAGGAGGUGCCGGAGAAGCAGGAGCAAGAGGAGCAAGAGGAAAGAUGGGACCAUCUGGGGAUAGGGGAGAUAUGGGACCCACAGGACCUGGAGGACUUCCUGGUCCCCAAGGAGAACAGGGUGACGUCGGACCAAUUGGCAACAAAGGUGAUCGUGGCCCACAAGGUUCUGCGGGAGCACCCGGUAGUCAGGGAGAACGGGGAAGCAUUGGAGGCCCAGGAUCAAAGGGUCCUCGUGGUGGGAAGGGAGAAAAGGGUCCUGAUGGCAAAGAUGGAGCCAAGGGAUCCACAGGCCAAUCAGGACCUGAUGGUGAAAGUGGACAAAAUGGAGCUCCCGGACCAGAUGGUGCUCCGGGUAAAGAUGGUGCUAAAGGCCAACCUGGACAACAAGGCCCUGUAGGUAAACCCGGCCCGCAAGGCAUCGCUGGAAGCAGAGGUCAAUCCGGCUUCCCUGGACCACAAGGAGCAGCCGGUCCACGCGGAGAACCCGGAGAAAGGGGAGACAACGGAGGUGAUGGACGUGACGGACCCCCUGGUCCACCCGGUGGUCGGGGACCAAGAGGACCCAAGGGUAAGCGUGGUAGCACCGGAACCCCUGGCUUGCAGGGACUACAAGGACCUCGAGGUGGAGUUGGAAUCAACGGAGGAAAGGGAGAUAAGGGUGACAUCGGAGAGAGAGGAAUGCGUGGAGGUGCUGGACCCAUCGGCAUUAUUGGCGCUGCCGGAAGACAGGGAGCUAAAGGAAGAUCAGGAAGAACUGGAGCGAAGGGUCAAGGUGGCGAUCAGGGAAUAGAUGGUGACAGAGGUGUAACCGGGAAAUCUGGAGAGCAGGGUAUUAAGGGAAUGUCAGGCGAACUUGGAGUGAGAGGAAUCAAGGGCUACCGAGGUAAUAUGGGUCAAAUUGGACCUCGUGGACCUAUUGGCUUAAAGGGAGAUGCCGGAGAAGAAGGUUUGCGUGGUAGCCGAGGACCUAAAGGUCCAAAGGGAUUCAAGGGAGAGCCUGGUCCCCCAGGCGUUCACGGAGAUCAAGGACCACCGGGAAAAUACGGAGGUGUUGGUGAUAAGGGAGCAAGGGGUGGCGCUGGCUUGAAGGGAAGACGUGGACGAAUCGGUGAUCCAGGCGCUCCUGGGCCACCAGGACCAACAAGUGAUAGUCUGUUCGGGUCCAGAAGAUCAGGUGGUGAAGGUGCCAGAGGAAAUGGAAGACAGAAGCGAUCGAUCGAAGAUGAGGCAAUCAAAUUUAAUGAAGUGGUUAUCGACGCCAUCGUUGAAACCAGCCAGGCCUUCCAGAAGAUCGUACGUCCCUCUGGUGCAAGAGACAGCCCUGCCAGAACAUGCAGAGAACUGAUGAAAACCAACUCACAGCUUCCUGACGGUACCUACUGGUUGGAUCCUAACCAAGGGGUAACCGCAGAUGCAUUCCGUGCCUUCUGUAACUUUACUGCUGGAGGACAGACUUGUGUCAAACCUAUCAACCGCUUGGUUCGCUGGAAUUCUAACGUUAACUCCAACACAUUGUUUUCUACCGUCAAAGAUGGAUUCAAGUUUUCAUAUGAAGCCAACACCGUGCAGAUGAAAUUCUUGAGACUUCUGAGCGCCACAGCUGCACAAAAGGUCACGCACGACUGUAUUCAAGAUAUCCAACUUCUUGGUACUAAUAACAAGGAAAUGCCAAAUGAACAUACCCGAUGCAAGACUGGACAACGCAACGUACAGAACUUACAAAAACUAGAACUGCUUCCGUUACGAGAUAUUGCACUUUCCAAAGCAAAUGGCCAACUUCAGUUCGAGGUCGGACCUGUGUGUUUCCAAUAGAACCUCAGAUUUAUCCAUAAGAACACCAAAAGAACAGAGAAAUACACACACUUUUUAUGAAAACUAUGGAUAAUGUGUUUUAUGUACUAUAAUGGUGAUAUUUGUACGUUAGGCCCAUAUACAGUGACCGGGCCCUACUUUAGAUAUAUUGCUUUCUCACAACGAGACACAGUUUUGUAAUAAAAUAAAAAUUUCGUAAGAGUCCAAUAGUUUGUACUGUUCAAUCGUAAACAAUACGUUAAGUAAUAAAAAUCUUUUUCAACUUAA